AAUGUUGUCACUCUGUGGAAACUAGGGUCUUGAAUUAAAAAUGUUGACAGGGCUCACACUGUUCAGACUGGCCUAACAGAGCAUCCAGCACAGACACAACAGAGGUUUCGUAAAAUACAGAUACCAAUCAUGCCAGAACCAGAGAGGAAGUCAAAGAUUUCAGCUUCACGUAAGCUCCUGCUAAAGAGUUUGAUGCUUGCAAAGGCAAUAGAAGCAUGGGACCAAGACCAUAUGACAAAACAAGAGGAAAAGCAGAAAUAUCUUAAUGAAAGGGUUCCACAAACUAACACACAUGGUUUGGGACUGCCCGCCUUACAGGAACUGUGCCGGGAACUCCAUGAGAAAGUCGGCAUUGUUGAUGAGGAAAGAUAUGACAUUGAAGCAAAAGUUAUUCAUAAUACAAGAGAAAUUCAAGACCUAAGAAUGAAGGUGUUGGAUCUGCGCGGCAAAUUUAAGAGACCGCCACUUCGUAGAGUACGAGUUUCAGCCGAUGCUAUGCUCCGUGCUCUCCUGGGCUCAAAACAUAAGGUCUCCAUGGAUUUGCGUGCCAACCUGAAAUCUGUGAAGAAAGAGGAUACUGAGAAGGAGCGUCCUGUAGAAGUCAGUGACUGGCGUAAGAAUGUAGAGGCCAUGUCAGGUAUGGAAGGGAGAAAGAAAAUGUUUGAUGCAGCAAAAUCCCCAACGUCACAAUAAGAGGAUCAGGUGAAUAUCUACUUCAACUCAUGUCACUUUGCUUUUCUAUCCGCAACAUUAUUUUCCAGAUUUUGCCCUGCAGCUGAAACUGCUGUGUCAAUUUCCAGUGGCUUUGACUUCAAAAACACCUCAAUAAAUUGAUAUCUGUGUCUGA